CCGGUUGUGUAAUAAAAGGCUGUGUCUUUCACUGGGUACAGCGAAUCUAUAGGAAAGUAAUGAACGAGGGGUUGACGACCGCAUACACCAACAAAGGCGACAAGUAUCUGUUCUUACGGAAGGUAAUGGCACUCCCAUACCUACCAGCUGAACACAUAGCAUCAGCCUUCUACCAACUGCACCAACAGGCAACUGAAGUCGGGGGUCCGGUGUUAAAAGUAAUGGACUACGUGGAGAAAACGUGGAUCCACGGAUCAGUGUGGAAACCAGAAAAUUGGAGUGCGUUCCGUGAAGUUAUAAGAACUAACAAUGACGUGGAGGGGUGGCAUCGUCGCAUAAACACUAGGGCUGGUAAAGCUGAUCUAAGCUUCUACGUACUUGUGCCACUCCUUCGCAGCGAAGCAGAAACUGUUGAUCUGCAAAUCCGUCUGGUAUCUGAAAAUCUGCUAACAAGAAUACACAGAAAGCAAAAUGUGAACACCCACGGCAGACUGUUCGAAGCAUGGGACCAAUACGAAGACGACGAGAUGACCACGACACAGCUACUGAGAACAUGCAGCCACAUCGCAGGACUUGGACCCGACACAACAACUGAUGCCAUCCACGACGAAGAUUGUUAAACCUUUAUGUACCAUAUAUGUAAUAUAUAGAGAUCAAUAAUAUAUGUUUUAAUAUGAAGGUGUAUUAAUAAUGAAAUGUAUUUUGUGACAUAUUAUUUAUGAAUUUAGACUAAUAUAUUGCCAGAGAUUAUAUUUUAUGUGUGACAUGUACUAUGUACAAUUUUGUGAAUGAUAAAUGUGUUUGGC